CACACUGGAUCUCAGCUCAGAUAUAGCAUUUCCUCUUCCUCGUUCUCAUUCUUCAUUUUUUCCCAAUCCCAACCCAAAGUGUGUAAAGUUAAACGCGAUCGAUCGAAUUAGGGUUUCGAUUCUGACAUUUUAGAACACGACCAAAAAAAUGGGAGGUGGUGGAGCAGAUCACGGUCAUGGAGCCAAUGGAGAUUUCAGGUACAAGGUUUGGAGUAUGACUGGUGGUCCUAACUGUCGCCCUAAACACUGGAAACGCAACACCGCCAUCGCUAUGUUCGGCGUCUUCCUCGUCUGUAUCCCAAUCUUCAAACUUUCCGCUAAACUCGAGCAACGACCACAUCACCCGGUUCGCCCAAUCCCUUCCCAAAUGUGGUGCAAGAAUUUUGGAACCAAAGACUACAAAGACUACGAAUAAUCUAGGACUAUCUAUUACAUCCCUGGUGUGGGUGUUAAAAUCUCUUCAAACAAUUUCCUUGUUAUGAACAGCUUUAAAAGAGUUGCUGCUGUCAAUGUUAUGUAAGACUUGUCUAGGAUCAUUGUAAUAGACAUCCUUUUCUUUCUUGGCUACAUUGGCUUUAACUUGAAAGCUGAAGAAAUUUCAAAUAAGCUACUAAUGCCUUGAUUCUUUUGAUAGCUUGUUCAAA